AUCUCGCGUUGCCAUUUCUUCAGAGGCUAUCUUCCUGUCCAAUCUGCAUAUCAUGCUCGACAAUGAUGCCCUAAUACGCCUCUCUGUGCUCACUGCACUGAUUGUUGCUUUUCAAGUGCUGGUUUCGCAUGUGUCACUGGAGAGAGAGGCAAAACGACGAUGGCAGCAUGCCUUGACUGGCCACGUUAUAGUACAGGCCUCCUACAUUAUUCCGAUGAGUUAUGGCAAUGCAGGUCUGAUGAUUGGAGCUGUGGGAAUGGCAUAUGUUCGUCUUUAUCAUCCAUACAAGUUCAUGGAAGCCUUUGGUCCACUCUUGCGACCAGAAGAGCUGGAAGCCGGCAAACUCCCGGGCGCAUUCCAUUUUCUUAUCGGGUCGUCCCUCACUGCCACUCUUUUCAAUCUGCCAAUUGCUCGGUAUGCUGUGGAGUGCCUAGCGAUAGCAGACCCAAUGGCUGCCUUUGUGGGAAAAUCAGUGCCGUCGCCACAACUGAAUAAAAGUGCCUCGGUGGCGGGAAGCUUUGCUUGUUUUAUCACGUCAUUGGUUGUGGGAUACCUGAUGCUAGAAGAUGCAUCAUUGCUCCAACUAUCCAUGGGUGCCCUUGGAUGCACUCUAGCAGAGGCAAUGCCAUUUGGGAAUGACAACUUGACAAUUCCAUUAAUGACAGCCGUGGCUGUGGCAUGUUUUUCAAAUUCAUACUGAAAAUUUGGUUCCUGCUCAUGCACCAAUCAGGCUGCUCAGGCUGUUGAACUCAAUACACUGCUUCUUUGUCAGUGAAAGUUGGACGAUAUCAAUUCUUGUGGAUAGCUACAGCAAGUGUUUGAUACUGAUUUAGUCCCUUCCCCUUUCUAUUGAAGUAGCUGCAGAAAAAGAUGUGUGUGAUCAAGCUCUGCUGUUCAGAUGUCAAGAUAUUUUCAAUACUCUCUCCUCAUUUCAUUCUUGAGGGAAGUUGGCUGCUUUGCUAUCGGUAUAGCCCACUCCAUUAUAGUUCUUGUGGUCAGGUAUUGGCAAUUUAGUUUCCACACCACCAUAUUGCCUGCCUUCAGUACGAAUAUUCUCUGCAAUCAAAGAGUGCUAAGCAACAGUUGCAGCUUGAAUCACAACGACAACAAAAAUAAUUAUGGGAUUACGAUGCAUUAUUCAAAGGCUGCAGCAAGCAACCGGAGAAGAAGUACCCACACCACAGAGUAAACCUGCAAGAAAGGGGCCGGGGAGCGUUCCUCCGGCUCCCCGUCAAUCAUAACACCACCAUGGCUAACUCUCUCGUCGCCGGUUGGAGAGGAAGCAAGGGCGAGGUCAAACUGCUGCAUGGUACCGUACCUGUCCAUCAAGAGGUCCUCAAUGCCUUCUCCUUUCCCUGCACAAGCGACACUUCCUGGAAUUGUUGCAACAUGCAUGUUUUGGUUCGGAGGGCAUUUCUUCUCAAAGCACGCACUAAGCUGGCGACACACACAGAAAAGAAAAGAGCAGAAUCGUGGCUUCUGGUGAUGUGCUGAAGCCCGUCAAUGUGCUGGAGUGAAGUCAGCGUCAGGAAAGAGAGAAGGAUUGAUCCUCCUGGGUGAUUGACAGCGUCUAGCUAGCUAGCAGGUUACAAGAUAUCAUGUAAUUGGUUCCUUUGGUAGAGAGUACAAAGCAACCCCAGCUCCGCACACAGCCACGACGCGUCCACAGGUUGUGUUGGUAGUGCAAGCCAUACAAUUGACAUCGCCAACACUACAAGCUGCUGUCCACACCAGCUCCAGCCCCGUGUCAUCACCGUCCAGUGGAUCGGGGCGAUCGUCACUUUUGGAUUUCGGUGAUUUGCACUCCCAUAAGGCCAACCGUUGGCUAUAUCCAACCGACAGGAUGCGAUUCUUGCCCAACAGAAGCACUUCUUUGAUGGCCGAAGAGCUAGCUUCUCUCACCGUUAUGGAACGCCUCAUAGUGGCGGUUGUAGCAGUUGCUAUUUGAAACUCAGACAAUGUGAUAGCUUGGUCGUCUCCACCACUACAAACAAGCACAGUAUCGUUAUUCAGAGUGCACGCAGAGAUUGAGUUGACGCCCAUUUGGUGGGCAUGGUAUUGUGCCAGACGAGUCGCUGGAAACGUCGUGGCUGCUGCUGCUUUGGGAUCAAGGAGAACAUUCCAUUCUUCAGCACUGGCAUCCGAAGGUAGCUCCCACAACUCAAUAUCCCCGCCUGUAGUUCCCACAAACAGCAAGAGAUGUGAUCCAACCUUGACCAUCUCUACAGAAAGAAUUGGUCUGCGGACAAGAUCCGGUUUCGGCAGUGGCAGUCCCCUCCAAGACUGCUUCUUGAAACCUCCAAUAUCAACAGUGAUGAGGUAGAUGUGACAAUUUCCUUCAGAAUCUCCUGCAGUCACCACUGCGAGAGGACAAGAUGCAACUGAAUCCCCAACAGUACUGUCAGUUGUCUCCAGCAGUAUAGAGCACACUGAGUUGAUUCUAUGGUCGAUGGAUGCUUUCUCCCUGCUUACCCCGUUACCCAUGAACCUAAUCAAGGCAUCCCCGGUACUGGCAGGAGUUGUGUCAAACUUUACAGCUUCGUUCGGAAGAAGCCGAUUGUGAACCAAAAAGAAUUGAAGCAUCAGCUUGCCUCCGCCAACCACAAUGAGGGUCGUGGUAUGCCCUUCUGCAUGGUGCGUUGAGCUGCAAACAGCUCGAACGCAACUCUCCUGUGGCGGUAAUCGUUUCGUGCAGGUCAAAGUGCCAUUCUGAAAGAGAGAGAUUCUCGACGCACAAUCUUCGCUCCCAGUCACCAACGCCCACGUCUUCACCGUUCCAUCGGGUAGAACAUGAUGCGGAAAGAAGCUGGCGCUGUAUAUAGUUUCGCCAUGCAAGCCCACCCCCAAAGUAUACUGAUGUCUUUGCCAGCGGACGACAGCCUGGUCUGCGUUGGUCACCUUUUGAUGAAGCAGGAUUUCAUUUCGGCCGUCUUUCUUUCGGUUGCUGCAAACAGCCAUGUUGUGAAGCAUCAUUGGCGAGUUGGCAUGAGCCUCUGACGCAAAGGCAUUUUCAAGGCAAGCAGCGUAGUGGUCAUGAAGACGUUGUCGUCCACCGGUAUCGACUCGGAAAAGUUCGUAUCCACAAGAAACAUUCAAGACCACAAAUGUGUUCCCAUAAUACCCAGCAACAAUGACAUUCUCUCCCUCAACCUCUGGGAUAACCCAGACUUGCGCUAUGCCAGUGAGGGCCGAAGAUGCAUUGACUGACAGCCCACUGCAAAAGGUUCCCGUUUGAAUAUUGUAAUAGGUUUCAUUGAUACAGCCGUCAUUCCCGGCCGAGAGAAUGCGUUGGUAGUCCUUUGCAGAUUGAUCGGUCUCGGCAGCAUUCACCGUGACAGGUGAAGCCAUAACAACAACGUCCGUAACAUGUUCCUUCUGGUGCAAGCGAUUCAAAAUGUCUAAUGGCGUUCGAACUUCUUUGCCGGUGAAUUUGUUGUCGGCAGCUUCUUGUGCUGGAUCGUUCACGUCAAACAUGGCCAGAUUGCCGCGGGUAUCGCCCACAAACAACUUGCUGUGGAUGCUAUCAUGAGCGAAGCAGAUUGGAAUCGCCCGAGUGCCCAUCUCCAACGCCAACGUGGGUUCCACUGUGAUCUGCUUCCCAAAGGAUGACGCUUGGAUGGACCACCACAGCACAGCAUCCACAUGGAAUGAUAUCAAUGUCAUUGUU